CUGUGGCGUGCAUUUGGGCCCUACUGAGCCGCCAUACCUCCCGCCUCAGCGCCCAACGUCGGCGUCGCUGUUCUGCGCCGCCGCCAUGGCCGACGUGGAGGAGGGCGAGGAGACCUGCGUGUUGUCCUCACACUCCGGGACUGCGGGCACCAAGUCGGGUGGGGACAAGAUGUUCUCCCUCAAGAAAUGGAACGCGGUAGCCAUGUGGAGCUGGGACGUUGAGUGCGAUACCUGCGCCAUUUGCAGGGUCCAGGUGAUGGAUGCCUGCCUCAGAUGUCAAGCUGAAAACAAACAAGAGGACUGUGUUGUGGUCUGGGGAGAAUGCAAUCAUUCCUUUCACAACUGCUGCAUGUCUCUCUGGGUGAAGCAGAACAAUCGCUGUCCUCUGUGCCAGCAGGACUGGGUGGUACAGCGAAUCGGUAAAUGAUCAGUGGUAGAAGGCUUUCUGGAUGUGGUUGUGACCCUGGAUGAUCUUGCUGCCAAGUUACCGGACAAGAGCUAGAACACUCCAGCAGAUCAAGCCUUCAGAUAGAAAGGGUGCAGUCCUCUGAGACUCAUCCAGGGCAUGGUGUAGCAUUUUGUCAGUUUAAUUUUGAGAAGUUGUCUACAAAAAAGAUAAUUUAUUAAAAAUGGCCUUUCCUACCUCUGUGGUGUGUGUCAUACAUACUGCUUAGAAGAACUAGAAGAGAGAACGCCAAAAAGGGCUGUGGGAGAGAGCAUUGCAUUCACUUUACAGAAGAGCAUUUCUGUGUUUAUACCUAAUUGGUUUUGUUACAAAUAACAUGUGUUUUGAAAAUGCAACUCCUUCCAACAACUUUCUGUUGUUGGGAGAGGACAGCCCAUGCUAUCUUUAUUUGGUGUAAGUGGUAAUUUUAGAACAGUGACGAAUAUAAUAAAAUGUAACUUUCAGUAAA